AUGCUCGGAGUCCACGGCUAUUGUGAUCCCGCCUUUAAUUCUGUCCGUGAUCUGUUGCAACAAAGAAUCGCCGAGGGUAAUGAAAGAGGCGCCUCCCUUUGUGUGAAUAUUGGCGGCAAGAAUGUUCUCGACAUAUGGGGUGGCUAUGCAGACGCAUCCCGGACUAAACCAUGGGAGAAAGACACGCUUGUGGCGGUUUGGUCGUCUACCAAAGUGGUCACCGGUCUGGCCGCCCAGAUCCUCGUGAAUCGUGGCCUGUUAGAUGUGAACGAGAAGGUAGCCACUUACUGGCCUGAAUUUUCGGCCAAUGGUAAGGAUAAUGUGAAGGUCUCUCAUAUCCUUAGCCAUUCCUCCGGACUACCUGCCUGGGAGGCCCCGAUGACCUUUGAGGAUAUACAAGAUACAAAGGGAGCAACUGAGAGACUCGCGGCCCAAGCACCUUGGUUUACCCCCGGCGAGCGUAGCGCAUAUCAAAUGUCAAACCACGGCCAUUUGAUCGGCGAGAUUGUGCGUCGCAUAGCCGGCAAGUCACUGACUCAAUUCAUCGCCGAUGAGAUUGCUGGUCCUCUAGGCGCCGACUUCCGACUAGGAGUAUCGGAGGAAGACUGGUCUCGCACCGCUGAAAUGAUCGGUUUUGAGAUGCCACCUAUGACCGGCAUUGACCCGUCUAGUAUCAUGGCUCGGGCUUUUAUGGGGUCCGUCUACGUGUCUACAAGUCCCAACGAACCUGGAUUCAGAAAGUCCGAGAACGGGGCCUCAGGCGGAUUCUCAAAUGCACGUGCACUGGCACGCAUCGGGUCAAUGGUCUCGCUGGAUGGAAUCGUUGAUGGAAAGCAGUACUUCGCCACUAGUACACUUGAUAAAAUGAUGGAAGAGCAUAUCCGAGGGCUUGAUGCGUCUGUCUUACAAUACGUGCGUUUUGCUCUUGGGGUUGCAUUGCCAUCUGCCAUAGCCGCGCCCUGGAUCCCAGAAGAUGAAGGCAUCUGUUUCUGGGGUGGUUGGGGAGGGUCUAUGCUGAUUAUGGAUCGCGGCCGGCAAAUGACCAUCGGGUAUGCCAUGAACAAGAUGGAGAAUCGAGUGAUGGGAAAUGCGAAUAGCGAGGCCUAUGUCCGGGAGAUUUACAAGAUCGUUGAUGCUAGCAAUAAAGUUAGGUAG